AUGGUGCUGGAAAGUACUAUGGUCUGGUAAGUACCUCUCUAAAUGCCUUUUUCUUGUAGUUGUUGACCUGAAAGCGGUCUAUACUAAGAUCUAUUAGUUGUUGAUUUCAUUGAGCAGCCUUUUGAACUAAAUCUGAAUAAUAAAUGGAUGUUAAUCGGGGUCAUAAUUGGCCGCUGGCUAUUAGCAUGCUAACGUAGUGUCAGCGGGCUGAGUCAUUGUAGCUCAAGUUUGUUCCGAUUUCUGCUUUCACUUGGUAUUAUUUCCACUGCUUCGUGUUUGACCACAUACGUAGACCUUUGUCUUGAUAAAUUAGUGUAUUUUUGUCGAAAUAAUACACUGACAACUCGGUGAUAUGUGCUGCUUCGUCAGUUGUCGAUACACUCGCUAACGUUAGCAUCCGCGCUAAUGUACCGACAUCUAAGCUGCAGCUGAUGAUAAUGAGGUUAUUUCUGAUGUUUUCGCCUCAGUGUGGACAACAGUGAAUACAUGAGGAAUGGAGACUUUCUACCAACAAGGCUACAGGCUCAACAAGAUGCUGUCAACAUCGUUUGUCACUCUAAAACACGGAGCAACCCCGAAAACAAUGUGGGCCUCAUCACUAUGGCAAAGUAAGUCUAUAUCUGACUUUAUGUAACUCAGACAAAAGUCAUAGAAACCUCAAGAUCAUGAUCAUUAUAGCACACGAAUUGUUUUUUCAUGGUUGCUCAGAGAUGUAAAACUGUGGGUCUUUGUUUCACACAGUAACUGUGAGGUCCUGACCACCCUCACACCAGAUUCUGGUCGCAUCCUGUCCAAACUCCACGCAGUCCAGCCCAAAGGGAAAAUUUCCUUCUGCACUGGCAUCAGAGUGGCCCAUGUGAGGAAGUUUAACGUUGUUUGGAUUUAAAGGGAUAUUCUGGCGUAAAAUUAAUUUAGGGUCAAACACACCGUAACACAGAGCUAGACUCCCCCUCCAGAGAUGAAUGUUGCUGACUGCUUGCUUCUCUAGUUAUACCAACUUUAGUAACGACCGCACGAUAGCGAUACACAGCUGUCUAAGGAGCCAUAAACAAACCUCAACCAAAACACCACUCUAUCGACACAAAUAAUGCUCAGAACAUCACCUAACUUCAUCAACAGUACAUACAGGGUCCCUGCAUCAGCACUAGCCAUCAAACAUCUUUUUAGAUUUGCCUAAUUUCUUUAGCAAAGAGAUUAAACACAACUCACCUACUCUCUUCCAGCAGCCGUUUGUUUGUAGCGAGACCUCAGGCCAGUCCAUUAUGGACUACAGCGGGGUGACACAGCUCAAGGAAGAACAUUUAUGAUCAUUUCCUCAUGGAAAUGCAAUCAGAUCGAGACGCUAAGGCAGAAGAAGUAUCACGUCUGAAGAGCAAAAUGAUUAAUAUGAUGAUUAUUACUUUAAAAAAGAUUACAAAGUAAUGAUCAUAAAUGUUCUUCCUUGAGCUGCGUCACCCCGCAGCAGUCUGUAAUGGACUGGCCUGAGGUCUCGCUACAAACAAACGGCUGCUGGAAGAGAGUAGGUGAGUUGUAUUUAGUCUCUUUGCUACAGAAAUCAGGCAAAGUUAAAAAGUUGUUAGAUAGCUAGUGCUAAUGCUGGGACCCUAUAUGUACUGUUGAUGAAGUUAGGUGCUGUUCAGAGCAUUACUUGUGGCGUUUUGGUUGAGGUCUGUUUAUGGCUCCUCAGACUGCUGUGUAUUGCUAUCAUGCGGUCGUCACUAAAGUUGGUAUAACUAGAGAAGCAAGCAGUCGGCAACAUUCAUCUCUCGAGGGGGUGUCUGACUUGGUGUUACAGUGUGUUUGACCCUAAAUUAAUUUUACGCCAUAAUAUCCCUUUAAUGAGUAAUUUCAGACUUCGUAGAAGAGCACUACCUUGUAACAACUUGAUUGGUAAACUAUCCAAAGCCGGGCUCUUUCACUGAGUGUGUUUGUGUUUCAUUUUUCUCCCUGCUCAGCUGGCCCUAAAACAUAGACAAGGCAAAAACCACAAGAUGAGGAUCAUUGCUUUUGUUGGGAGUCCUGUAGAAGACAAUGAAAAAGAUGUAAGAUUGAAUCCCCUUUGUAGCACCUUUCAUAGCAAUUAACUGUCUUAGCCUGAUAUUUAACAUCCUUUUUUUUUCCUUCUUCCUUUGAUUUUGGCCCAACCUGAUGAUUCUACAGCUUGUCAAGAUGGCAAAGCGCUUGAAAAAAGAAAAAGUAAAUGUGGAUAUUAUCAACUUUGGAGAAGAGGUGAGAAAGUUUUCAUUGAAUUUCCUGAACUUGGAAUGAAUUAAAGUAUAUUUAUUUUGUUUUCUUGACAGCUAUAAGAGGGGAGCGUUGUGUUUGUUUCAAUAAUGUCAUGACCUGCUUUAACAUGGAUUAUACAAAACUGUCAUAACUGUCUUAAAUGCGCGUUUUGGUUUUGUACACAUACAUUUUGGUUACAGUGCACACCCAGUGGAGAUUUCGGUGCAGCCACAGUGGCAAGUAAAAGAGAAAGUAGUGUAAUAGGGAGAUUCAUGACCGACAGCAAUUUAGAUCAAAUCAGUUUUCAUAAGUUGAAAUGAUUAAAGAAAGCAGGCUGUGGUUGUGACUUUGGGACAGAGGAAUAACUGUAACUAGAUGACUGUAUCACUGCUAUUUAAAGCUUCACUCACGCUCUAGUAGUUUCAAUAAUAAAUGUUUUGUUUCUGACCAAUUCUUCAAAAUAUCCCUCAUUUCCAUGACCAUAUCUCCUUUCGUGGCUGGAGUUUUUAAUCGCUUGUCUUUGUCUGCAAAUCUUUCCAGGAGGUGAACACAGAGAAGCUGACCGCCUUUAUAAAUACUUUAAAUGGGAAAGAGGGGACUGGCUCCCACCUGGUCACAGUCCCUCCAGGGCCCAGUCUGGCUGAUGCGCUGCUGUCCUCUCCCAUCCUGGCCGGUGAGGGAGGCUCUAUGAUGGGUCUUGGUGCGAGCGACUUUGAGUUUGGUGUGGAUCCCAGUGCUGAUCCAGAGCUGGCCCUGGUAAGCGACAUAUAGAUUUGUGUGAAGUGCUAACAUUACACAGUCACCAGCAUUAAUAUCAUAGAUAGAUCCUAGAAACAGUCUACUAAGAUAUCCCUACUUGUUAUUUAUCACUUCAUGAGCGAUGAGCCAAAGUUAACAUUUGUUUGUAUGGGUGUGGUGCUGUUUAAACAGCAAAUUCAACAGUACAAGCUCCUUGGAACUGGUCUGAGGUUAGAGCUUAAGUAUCUAUGUACAGAAAGCUGGUGUGAUACCACAAAGUGGAACGUGGGAAAAUCUUAUAAAGAGUCAAUUUUCCUGACUUAAACCCUCUUGUUAAAUACAUUCAGAGGAAUUAGACAUCCCUGAAAUAAACAAACAUGCAAAGCAAUGUGAACAUUAUGAUGUGUGAACUACUUUCAUACACAGUAUUUUUGGUAUAGCUCCUUCAUUUAAUAUGUCCCCAUCUUCUCCUAGGCUAUUAAAGAAUACCCAACCCCCCAUAUCCCCACAUUUUGAUGAUUUUGUGCUCGGUGGCUUGUCAGACUACAAAAAAAGAAAUGAGAUAUUUAAGAGUUGGUAUUGUCUUUGUCUUUAAUUCUAAUUGUUAAAUGUUUGUGUGUCUGUAGGCACUUAGAGUAUCAAUGGAGGAGCAGCGACAGAGGCAGGAGGAGGAGGCUCGUAGAGCUGCUGCUGCCUCUGCAGCUGAAGCAGGCAUGCCCACACCAAGUGCCGAUGGUAAGUGAAGUAUUGACACAGACGAAACAGGUAUUGGUUAGAAUUAUGGGAAUAGAGCAGGCUGGUACCAUCAUCUGCUUUGCUCCAUUUUUCUGACAGAAUCAGAGGAGGCCUUGUUGAAGAUGUCGGUAUCUCAGCCAGAGAGCGGUGCAGCAGUGCUUCCUGACUUCAGCAGCAUGACAGAGGAGGAGCAGAUAGCUUACGCCAUGCAGAUGUCUCUUGCUGGAGGAGGUGAGAUUUAUUUGGUUGUUAUAGAACAUUAAGCUUUUCUUAUCAUUUAUAAUAACUUGUAUGUUUUCAGGAGUGUCUGUCGCUAUAAUAACUUGUUUCCUCUUUUAUUUUUUUGUGGGGGCAGAAUAUGGAGAAAUGGACACAGGCGCCCCCAUGGAUACUGCAGAUUCAGCUAAAGUGAGUCAAUACGAUAUUUUCCCAACAGAAUUAUGAGAGGGGGUGGAGACAUGAAGGGCUGGUUCGCUUUUGGGAUUGAUGGUGCCAAGUUAAGAACAGUGAAAAUGUCUUCAAGGCCUGAAUGGAUAGGUGGAGAUUUUACCAAGAUUUACUGUUGUAAGCAAACUGAAGACAGGGCUCGACACUAACUAUUUUCACAAGGAGCACAUGUACUAAGUUGAAAAAGUAAGGAGCACACAAAGAACUUAAGGGGUACAAUGAAAAUUGAUCAAAUAAUGUGUGUUAUUGGUCAACAUAAGUACUACUAUUUGAAAUCAAUUUAAGGUUUUUUGGUCACGUGACAUGGAAGCUAUUGAAGAAAAUGUUCAAAAUUUGCCUUUAAAUUUAACACAAAUUUUCUAGAGGACAAAUUAGUGAAAUUAAGAGGUGUGUCUUAUUGUCCGACCUCAGUGAAAUCAAUUUUAGGUCAAUUGGUCACAUGACAUAGAAGCUAUUGAAGGAAAACGGCCUUUUUUAAGAACAUCAACCGGUAAUUUAUUGACGGUCCCUUAUUCAACACCCGCCGUUGUUAGUGAGGAUGCCAAGUAGAUUUGCUGUUGCUAUUCCCUGUUAUGGAGAGUGAGAAUACACCGGUAGAUCCGCAGCGAAUAUCCAUUGAAUAUCCAACCUAAAACUAACUUUGCUGUGGUACGGUACAUGAAAAAACAUUUGUUGCCUCGGCUGAGUUUUUUUAUGCACACAUGGGCCUCUAAAUACAUUUUACAAUUCGCACACAUCUAUUUUUAGUCGCAAAUGCAAGUGAAACAGUUGCACUGUUGAGCCCUGGAAGAUGAAGUGAAAACAUUGAAUAAAAAAACUUCAGGUGAGAAAUUAAAAAAAAAAAAGUCUAACAUCCAUUCUUCAGCCUAAACUAUUGUUUAGAGAGCUGUAGAGAGUAGGAGCUGUUAAACUACUUGACCUAAGACACAUCUGUCAUAACCGACUGUAUCUCCUCUUGCAAACCAACAGGAGGAAGACGACUACGACGUGAUGCAAGACCCCGAGUUCCUUCAGAGCGUCCUGGAGAACCUGCCAGGCGUCGACCCGAACAACGAGGCCAUCCGCAACGCCAUGGGCUCCCUGGCGUCCCAAACGGGAAACAAGCCGGAUGGCAAAAAGGAUGAAGAGAAGAAGAAAUGA